AUGAGUGAAACAAAAGAUAGUGACACAAGUUUAAAGCUCAAAUAUGGCCAAUUAAAAGAGAUAAGGAAGGAGCAUGAGAGAGAGAAGAUUUUGUUGCCCUUUCAAUACUUGGAAUUGUUUAAGCCUGAAGGUCACGGUUUGUCUAGCAGUACUAUGCCAACACAAUGUUAUGUGAGAAGUGGGAAUAGAAAGGAAAGCGGCAAGAUGGAGAGGGAAGCCACCAAAAGGGGAAUUG